AGUCACCAAAUUCGUUUUUUCAUGUCAACAACGGAAGGCACCAUCCAAUGGUCCUGCGUGCCAUUCCGCGAGCUAUCCGUGCACACGUUGUACGACGCAAUGCAGCUCCGCUCUCGAGUGUUCGUUGUGGAACAGAAGUGUAUCUGGGUUGAAGUCGACGGGUACGACAAAGGUUGCUGGCAUGUGGUCGGCACAGCUCCCGACGGCACCAUCGCUGCGUACGCCCGCCUCGUGGCGCCGUUGCUCAAGGGUCCACACCAGAAACGACCAAUCAUCAGUCGUGUCGUGGUGCCGCCAGAAGCGCGAGGCACGGGCAGAGGUCGCGUCCUCAUGCUGAAGGCCAUGGACGAAUGCCACAAGCUGUGGCCUACGCAUGGCAUCGAAAUUGGAGCGCAACAGCGAUUGGAAGAGUUUUACGCGAGUUUGGGCUUCAAGGCAGUGUCCGAGCCGUACGAUGAGGACGGUAUCUUGCAUGUUGAUAUGCACCACGAUUAUGUGAAAAGCACAGUGACUGCCUUGUAAUGACCAAGUACUACACAUGUAUAUGACCUCUGCCUAAAACCAUCCAAAUUGAAGGUGCUACACAGUCUUGUCCUAAGUGUGG